AUGGUGGACGAUCGGACGUAUCUGUUAUCGAGAGUUUUCUCUCGUCUCUCAGAAUCACUUAACAUGCAUCCAUCAUCACAAGAAGAUUCCUCCGAAUCUAAGCUCCGAAAUGGCAAAAUAGCUUUGGAUGAUGAUGCUGAUGAUGACGAGGAGCUCAGACAAAGCAAAUCUCUCAAACUCACGAGAUUGUCAAUUCAAGAAAACGAUUCGGACCAACAACAAGAAAACGGCGAUGGGGAUUCACUAAUCAACGACAUCGGCAGGGACAUGUCAAUAAGCUGUCUGCUUCGUUGCUCUCGGUCUGAUUACUGUUCAGUCGCUUGCCUAAACAAGAGUUUCCUGUCUCUGGUUAAGUCCGGAGACUUUUACAGACUCAGGAGACAGAACAUGAUCGUUGAGAACUGGGUUUACUUCUCCUGCCAUCCCGAGGAAUGGGUUGCUUUCAACCCUGUCGAAGGAAGAUGGAUGAAUUUGCCGGAGAUGGAUUCAAGAGCGCCGCCUCUUGUUGCUGUUGUGAACAAUGAGCUCUAUGCUGCGGAUCAUGCUGCUAUGGAGGUGAGGAAGUAUGAUAAAGAGAGUAAGAAAUGGUUUACGUUAGGGAGGUUGCCUGAGAGAGCUGAAAAACUCUUUCAAAUACGUUUCGCGAUUAGCAAAUCCACCGGCUCUACCGACUCGAUUUCGAAGAAACCAAACAGCAAGGACAUUGUCUCUUCCUCCGUUCCGAUGAAGCCUUGCACUAAAACCGCAGUCUCCUCUGACAAAGGUGAAGAAGUAAAAACCGGUGUCUCCACCGUCUCCAGGGAUUCGAUUCCGAGAAGGUGA